ACUCAAGUGUUGGAUGAGGUCCCACAUGGGCUGGCAGCUUCAGGGCAUGGGAGGUCAUUGCCCAGAGGAUGGGAGGGGAAAGCUUGGUGGGGUGGUACCCAGACAGACUCCCAGGUCUGCUCUCCAGGCCAUCCAGCCCCUCUGGACUGUGCCCUGCUCACUCAAACAGGCUGGAAGUGCUGGGCAAGCUCGGUCCAGCCAUGAGCAGAUGAGGGGAUCAGAGGAAUGGAAAGCAGACUUCAGACCUUUCAACCCAUCUCAAACCUGCUUUCCUGGAGCCAACCUGCAGGCUGGGCAGGUAAGUACUGGCUGUGUAAAAAGUGCUGAAUGCUGUGACCUUUCCAUUAGUCCUUCUCUGCUUUAUCAUCUUCAGGCAGUCCUCGAGUCUUGUAAUUCCCACUUUCAGCAGUGAAUCCUAUCUCCCCCCCUGUUGAUUGACUGUGGAUAUGCUGGCAUCCAGGAUGGAGACAGUAGAAAGUGAGACCCUGAUUGAUGAGGUGGAGGAGAUGAGUGGAAGAGCUGAUGUGACUCUGGACCCAGACACCGCCAACCCCUUCCUCAUUCUGGCCAGUGACCAGCGAGGGGUGGGACGGGGGCACGAGUGGACCUUGCUGCCCAACAACCCCGAGCGGUUUGACACGGAGCCCUGUGUGCUGGGCAGCCAGGGCUUUGCUGCAGGGAGACACUGCUGGCAGGUGGAGGUGGCCGAGGCAGGGGACUGGUGGGCAGUGGGAGUGGCCCAGGAGUCUGUCAGGAGGAAGGGGGUCCUCAAUUUUACGCCCCAGGAGGGGAUCUGGGCCGUGGGGCAGUGGUUUGGACAGUACCAUGCUUUCAGUGAUCCUGACUGGACCCCACUGCACCUUACCUGCCUCCCCAAGGCCAUCCAGGUCUGCCUGGACUUCACAGACAAGCAGGUGACUUUUGCUGAUGCUGAGAGUGAAGCCCCAAUCUUUGCUUUCUGCCUGGCCUCAUGUGCUGGGGAGAGGCUGCGCCCGUGGCUCUGGGUGGGGAUGGACUCGUGGCUCAAGCUGUGGCCCUGACAGGGAGGGAACAUGAGGGGCAGGAGAGAGACUGGAAAGGCAAAUGCCAUCACCUUGGGUCUUGGUGCUGGGAACUCGGAGGGUCCUGCAUCCUGCUGGCUUUUCCUCAUGGGGAUCCUCUGGCCCCCAAGGAGAGGACUGGCAGGUCAUGGAGGUGGAUGCCACAACAGAGCCUCCUUUAUCCCCCCACUCCUCGGCUGGGACUGCAGGGACAACAGGGAGCACAGAGACUGGGUGCAGGGAGGAGCUU